UACACCGUAUACCAGUAUACCACCGGGCACCGGGCACCAGUUGAGCAGUUGAAUAGUCGAUCGUGCACCCGCCCGGUGGCCGGAGCAGGCACGAGCGCGCGGCCGCGGGGCACGUGCAACUCGUGUGCUCUGGGUCCACUGGUCCGAUCGAGCUCCCGAGUCCCAGCUCCUGUGAGCCUGCACUCCAGUCUGCAGACUGCAGCAGGCGGCGGUUGCAGCCGGAGCCCCCCGCCGUCUGACUCGGAGGGCGCCAGCAGCCCACAAUGUCUGUAUAAAUACCUCCCGUCUCCCUGCUCCGAACGGCCUCCCACCCGCGCUCCCAGCACGCCCACCGUCGCCUACCCCGUCUCCAGCUCGAUGGACUACUCGAGCACCAAGGAGUUACCUCCGGCCGGGGCCUGGUGGUCGAGGGAGACGGUGGCCGUGGUGACGGGCGCGAACCGGGGCAUCGGGCACGCCCUCGCCGCGCGCCUGGCGGAGCACGGGCUCACCGUGGUGCUCACCGCGCGGGACGGCGCGCGCGGGGAGGCCGCCGCGGCCCCGCUCCGCGCGCGCGGGCUCGCCGUCGCCUUCCGCAGGCUCGACGUCUCCGACGCCGCCUCCGUCGCCGAGUUCGCCGCCUGGCUCCGCGACGCCGUCGGCGGCCUCGACAUCCUGGUGAACAACGCCGCCGUGUCCUUCAACGAGAUCGACACCAACUCGGUGGAGCACGCCGAGACGGUCCUCCGGACCAACUUCUACGGCGCCAAGAUGCUCACGGAAGCGCUCCUGCCGCUGUUCCGGCAGUCCCCGGCCACCAGCAGGAUCCUCAACAUCAGCUCGCAGCUCGGCCUUCUCAACAAGGUGAGCGACCCGUCCCUGAAGGCGUUGCUGCUGGACGAGGAGACCCUGACGGAGGCGGCGAUCGACGCCAUGGUGUCGCGGUUCCUGGCGCAGGUGAAGGACGGGACGUGGGGCGCGCAGGGUUGGCCCAAGGUGUGGACGGACUACUCGGUCUCCAAGCUGGCCCUGAACGCCUACUCCCGGCUGCAGGCGCGGCGGCUGCAGGCGCGCGGCGCCCGCGUGAGCGUCAACUGCUUCUGCCCCGGGUUCACGCGCACCGACAUGACCAGGGGCUGGGGGAAGCGCACCGCCGAGGAGGCGGCCGACGUCGGCGCGCGGCUCGCGCUGCUGCCGCCCGGCGAGCUCCCCACGGGGGCCUUCUUCAAGUGGUGCACGCCGCAGCCCUACUCCAAGCUGUGACCUGCCGAGCCACGCCGCCGGCCCGCGCGCCCCGGCCAUGGCGGCUGCAGGAGUAUAUGUAUGUAGCGUUGGUUUAGCUGCUUCUAGUUACUUUCAAUGCAGACAAGAAGCCGAUCGAGUAGUGUCUCUUAGCAGUCUGGCUUUCUGCCAAGGUGCUUUGGUUGAGCAAUGCAACCAAACCAUGUCAGCGAUCAAUGUACUAUGCGUGCUUAGCCGUGCAAGAUUUAGGUCAACUUCUGAACAUUGGAUUAGUGGUCCGUCUGCUGCCUCUGCUUCUGGUCUUCUGUCACCUGUUAACACGGUUUGUUCCUUCUUCA